AACCAUCAAUCCAUCCGAGUCCAAUCCAAAAAAUAGUGGGUGUGACUAAAUCGACGACGGUCUUCCCGCUGCAACAGACCUAUGUGCAGAGGAAACUACCUAGUACCGAGACAACCUACCCGACACUCCUAAAUUCGUGUCUGAAACUAAGAUGGCCCCUCCAUUACGACAUCGUUCCUUACGUGUUUUCUUGCAUGAUGACCGCCAUGUCAUGGCCAAGCAUUCUGCCAUCUACCCUUCUCAGGAGGAACUGGAGAAUGUGCAAAACAUGGUAUCCCACACAGAACGAGCGCUCAAGGCAGUCUCAGACUGGCUGGAUAAGCAAGAGAAAUGUGAUGGUGAUGGUGUAGAUGCUGAUAAAGAGAGUGACCACAAAGAACAAGUGACACGUACCCUUCGUGGCGUGAUGAGAGUGGGCCUUGUGGCCAAGGGCCUUCUCUUGAAGGGAGAUCUGGACCUUGAGCUGGUGCUCCUCUGCAGGGAGAAGCCAACCAACACUUUGUUAAAGAAGGUGGCUGACAACUUGGAUACGCAACUGAAGGUUGUCACCGAAGAGCAGUAUGAUGUGAGUCAAGACAUCGAAAAGGCCUGCAUCGUGAUCAAGAACACAGAGGAGCCCCCACUCACCCUCACCAUUCAUUUGACGUCCCCGUUAGUUCGUGAGGAGAUGGAGAGGGCUGCUGCCGGUGAAACGCUAUCAGUCAACGAUCCCCCGGAUGCUCUGGACAGGCAGAAAUGCAUAACUGCCUUGGCGUCUCUUCGCCACGCUAAGUGGUUUCAGGCCAGAGCCAACGGAUUGCGCUCCUGUGUUAUCGUCAUUCGGGUUCUAAGGGACUUGUGUGCCCGCAUCCCAAAGUGGACUCCACUCAGUGGCUGGCCGCUCGAGUUGAUCUGCGAGAAAGCCAUUGGUACAGGAAACCGGCCCAUGAUGGCAGGAGAAGCAAUGCGUAGAGUCUUAGAAUGUCUGGCUUCAGGAAUCCUGAUGCCAGAUGGAGCUGGAAUCGCCGAUCCUUGUGAGAAGGAGCCCACAGAUGCGAUAUGUCACUUGAACUCCCAGCAGAGAGAAGACAUCACGUUAAGUGCACAACAUGCCUUAAGGCUGUCGGCCUUUGGACAGCUUCACAAAGUGCUUGGAAUGGAUCCGCUUCCCUCCAAGAUACCCAAGAAAACUCCGGGACCUCCAAUCGAUUAUAUCGUGCAAAUCCCACCCAGUUCCGCAUACGCCCCGCCGAUGAAACGGCCCAUUGAGGAAGAGGAGGGAAUUGAAGACAAGAGUCCCAAUAAGAAAAAGAAAAAACUGCAAAAGAAAUCUGCAGAGGAUAAGUCCGAUCCACCCCAGGCUAUGAAUGCGUUGAUGCGACUCAACCAGCUGAAGCCGGGUCUCCAUUACAAGCUGAUAUCCCAGACCGGCCCAGUUCAUGUGCCCGUCUUCACUAUGGCUGUAGAAGUUGAUGGCAAGACUUUUGAGGCUUCGGGUCCGUCCAAACGGACCGCCAAGCUGCAUGUGGCCGUCAAGGCGCUGCAAGACAUGGGUUUACCCACGGGAGUGGAAAUCAAAACUCCAGAGCCUGUGAAAACUGAAGAAACCCCAGUUCCCGUCACAGUGCCAGAUGUGAAACCAGUAAUAACAGCCGCUGAAGUUGCUCCUGUGCUCACAGGACCAGUCAGCACAGAUUCCACUGAUGCUGCGGAGACCACCCGCCAACAGGGACCGAUCCUAACCAAACACGGCAAGAACCCAGUGAUGGAGCUGAACGAGAAGCGCCGCGGCCUAAAAUACGAGCUCAUCUCGGAGACUGGCGGCAGCCAUGACAAGCGCUUCGUCAUGGAGGUCGAGAUCGAUGGGCAGAAGUUCGAGGGGACUGGAUCCAACAAGAAAGUGGCCAAGGCUUACGCAGCACUGGCGGCUUUGGAGCAGCUCUUUCCCGAGGGCUCUGUGACCGAAGUGGCUAAAAAGAAAAAGGCACCUUCAAUGAACAACGAAGGCUAUGGCAUGAUGGGACCUCCUGGCGAUGUCGCUAUGCCCAGGGCCAGAGGGAGAGGAAGAGGUCGUGGAAGGGGCAGGGGGUACAAUAAUGGAGGGGGCUGUGGCGGAGGCUUCGGGACAUAUGGUUAUGGCAGCAACUCCAUGUCUGGAUACAAUUACUACAACAAUGGUGGUGCAAAUGCAGGUGGCGGGCUGUCAGGCGGCCCUUCAUGCGGUUCUCUGGCCAGUUCAGCUCUGGGAUCGGCACAAAGCUCAUAUGGCUCAUACUAUGAUGGUGAUGGAGCAUAUAAUACCAACACUGCUGCUAAAAUGCCCAAAAAGAAACCCCCAACAAGGGGCGGGAAGUCAUCGUUUCAGGGUGUCUCGGGUACGAACAGUGCAUCUUCAGGGAGCUACCAGGCCAGCAAUGCUUCCGGACACGGCAACUAUAACCAAUAUGGCCAGGGCUAUGGUCAGGCAAAGAAAAAUUUUCACCAGGGAGGUGCAAGUGGAUACUCUUACAGCACCGCCUACCCGAGUCAGGUGACUGGUGGUGCUGGAGGAAACCAGGAUUACAGUUAUGAUGGCUUCAACAGCCAGUCCAAUUACAACUCGCAGGGUGCCGGAGAAAACCAUGGUUUCAACACCUACCACAAUCCUGGAAGCUACAAGGGAGAUUCCAGCGGAAAUUACCAGUAUAGAUAAGACUGAGUUACUCGUGUGAAACAUCAGCCCGCCAUCAUCCGCUGCAUCUUUACCUCUAACCUCCUCCGAAGAAUGUGAUUGAUUGAUGGCUCACCUUUGCUCAAGUUUCUCCUUCCUCUAUGUUGACUAUGUGCAUAUGUUCAGCCUGUGUUGUAGCUAUGUUUGGUGGUCUGUUUCAAAGGGUUGAUAAUCUCAAGACUGUCUUUUUUUUUUUUUUUUUUUUUUUUUUUAAUUUAUAAAACCACUGAGAGAAAUUUCAUGCUACAGCGCUCACGUGUGGCGCAAACUUUGCUUUUAUGUUCCAUGACAACUUUGCAUGUAACUUACCCAAACUUGUAGAUACCUUUGCUUUUAUUUUUUGCCUUUUUUAAGUAAUGUUACUAGUGUUAUAUUUUACUAGGAAUUUGAUGGAAAAUACACACGUUUGUGCUUUAAGUCGCUUUUGAUUUUGUGGAUAUUUUUUCUUGUCAAUGUAUGUAACUGGGUCUUUGUAUUGAAAAAAUGGUUGUUAAGAACGUUUAUGUCAAGUUUUGAUAUAACCACUUUUGGUGGGAUUUACAAAGAUUAUUGUAAAGUAGGUCUUGAGAAAAAAAAGUCAGUUGUAAAUUGUGAACCUUGAUAGGUAAUUCGCAAGAUCACUGCUAAUUUAAGGCCACUCAAACAAAUGUCAAAAAUAAAUACAAAUGCUUAUCGA